AUGGAUAAGUCUGAUAAUCCACACGCUUUCUUUGAAAUUCCCCCUUCGUCUAAGGUUGACAUCCUUCUGAAGGCUGCCGGUAACGCUCCUGUAAUCACAAAACAGAAAUGGUCAGUUGGAAGAAAUCAGAAAGUCAGCUGUGUGGCUACCUUUAUCAGAAAAUGUAUAUCAUGCCCCUCAAAUGAAUCUCUCUUUCUUUAUGUCAACCAAACGUUUGCUCCUUCUUUAGACACUGAAAUAGGUGUCCUCUAUGACUGCUUCAGUUCAGAAGGCAAACUUGUCCUUUAUUAUUGCAUAACUCAGGCCUGGGGUUGA